AUGAAAAGAAGAAGCCGUAUUGAUGCUGAUACUACGCAGCCCCUAAGAACUACUGAAAAUACUGAUGCAAGCCUAUCAGUUGAGGAGAAUGUAAUUGUCUCAGAACGAAGCACAGGAGUCGGGCUUUUCAACUUCAUGAAUGGGUUUAGACAGCGGGUUCGCAUUUUUAGAAAUGAAUUUUAUGCACGCGAAAGCAAUAAUGUUGGGGGUGGGAACUUUGGCAACAAUUACUUCAACGGCGGGUUCACAUUUCUUCUUGUUCCUAUUGCAUUUGUUCUGUUGUUGGGAUUGGCAUACUACCUAACAAGUACUGCAAGGGAAAUGUCUAGAUUGACAAUUAUGAUUAACUAUGGUGGGAGGUGGGUUGAUUCAAGGUAUGAAAAUUUCGAAGCUAAAGCAGUACUCGUUUCCAAUACAAUUACAUUGAAGGAGCUUCAGAAACAAGUAUAUGACAUUGUCAAUGUGGACCCAAAUGACUAUGAGAUAACUAUAAUAGCUAUGUAUGAAACAAUGAAAGGAGCAGAGCCUGUAGAGAUAGCCGAUGAAGAUGACGUGAGAGCUUUUAUUGUUGAAAGUCAUCGUUUAAGGCCUUACAAGAUUCCAUUAUGCAUUACAUUGGAGGAGACCAACCUUGUGGGGUCUCCACAGGCUCCCUGA